AUGCCGGUAAAACAGUCUGGGGGGCAUAAUCCCACACCUCACGAGGCUGGAUCCAGCACACCAUUCUGGACGAACCGUAUCAAACUGAACACCUUCGUCUAUACCUUUGUUCUCCUUGCCUUCUGCCUCCCAGUCAUUGCGCUCACCCUCGUGCUCAAAAUCCCCAGCUGGUAUGGAGCCCGUGCUGCACACUGGGCAAGCGCUUUCACCCACUGCGACUUCAAGGGCCACUUUACCCCCUACGAUAAGCCCUCGAUCAGCAUUUGGGAUAAAUCCGGGCUCUUCUACAUCAAUGUCGCAUGGGGAAGUAUGGCCUUCUCCACGGCCAAAUUCAUCGAUGUCGUUUGGGACAUUGUUGUUGGGCGAGCAGGGCAGGCCUUUUUAGGCUGGGUUACCUAUAAGGUCUCGUCUCAAUACUUGGCAAUGGCCAUGCGGGAAGCCCCGGUAUCAUACACUACAUAUGUAUCUCUGGCAUUCGUCCCACCGAAUUUGACGAUGACGGCACGAUUGGCGGGAGAACUACUGACAAAUCGUGGCUGGCGACCAAGGCUGAUCAUGGUCUGGAUUGUCCUAAGCUCAUUAUUUGUCCUUAGCUUCUCUACUUUCGUGGCUGCCAUGAGCGGUUACAGCAGCAAUUCUUAUGCUGUCCUAGCAAAUCACGCAGGUGAAGUAGUGCCGUGGGAUAAUUUUCCGGUGGUCCAGUUUGCUAUUAACGAUGCGUGGCGGAUGGGAGAGCCAGGACCUGUUACUAUCACCAUGGGUGAAACCUGCACUCAGCAGGGGCUCAAGGACGAUGAUUCGAAGGGCAUCUCACAGUCAUACCACCGUCGAGAUAACCAGGGAGAAGACGGCGACGGAGGCAAAGGCGACGAGCAGCCUUGGCAAUACGUUCCGUUUAACUGUACCAUGUUUUGGCGGACGGUUCAAUAUGUCAGCUCGUAUGGCCUCCACGGGACACAGAUACAAGCCAGUACAUUUACUCUGAAUGGACUGGCUCACAACUUGAGCUCCCCUACGCUGAACAUUACCACCUCUUAUACUCCUUCCUCUCUGUCCAAGUUGACCGGAUACCUCGCAAAUUACUCGAUGCAGUCCCCAAAGGUCCUGAAAGAUGUCAACGAAAUCUCCGAAUCCACGUUCUGGACAUACGAAAACGAAACUUACUCUCUUGCCUAUGUCCUCGACCGUGCCAGUUGCCAGUAUAGCCGCUCACAUAACUGGGGCUUCUCUUUUCUUCUAUUGUUUAUCACUUCCUUACUCCUCGCUCUAUGGGCGGGAGGGACAUGUGCCCUUUGGUUGCAUGUCCAUCGCAAAGAUCUCACCAACAUGCAUGUCCUACGGGACAGGCACUUAUCAUCUGGACCGAGCGGCAUCUUUCGCUCAAGUUGGGACCUAUCAGAAAAGGACAAGGCAUCGGCGACGCCGGCCAAGGGCAAACAAAGAUCCAACUUUCAACUGAAGCAGGUGCCAACACAGAAAAGGGCCUUUGCAGUCCUAUCUCUUACCACCGGUCCAGAUGGGAGGCAGCCCGUUCGCGACUAUUCCCUUGCCAGUCAUUUCUCCUGA